GCCAACCGCCGGUUCUCCGCCAAACCUAGCUGCGAAGGUUGUUCCACCUGCCUCCGGGCGCCUGCCUUCGCCCAUUCCCCGCGGCAGCCCGAGCAUUGACUAAUACAAAGGCCCACCCCGCUGCCCUUGUCGACAAGACAACCUUGAACCCUCCACCACCUCAACACCUCUCGACGACAACAACAACAACAACAACGCACAAGAACAUGCCAGGCUCAGAUGAGUCUCCCAGCAAGCCCCAGAACCGUCGCAAUCAUCAUCGAAGUAAUAACAAUAGCCUGCCUCUAUUCCAGUUUCCAACGCUCCCAGUGGCCGGUGCCCCUCCCGUUGCGUUCCCAUUGCAGCCUGACGCUGAACCAAUGACGUCAGACAAUCAUAGGUGUGAGCGGCCCAGCAGCUCCCUCAGCGAGAGCUGGGCUACUCUCAGCGGCUCUGAUAUCUAUUCCGAGGACGAUUCCCGCUCAGAGCAGACAGACACCGCCUCACUGGUUGGUCGCAGUGUUCCUGACGAUGUCACCAGCCUUGAGGGCAGGGAUGAUGACGAUAGUGAGGCAGACAGCGUCGACGUGCACAGCUACUACUCUGAGCCCACACCACUACUACCCUUUCCCUCCCAUAUGAGAGAACAAAGUCUCGAGAACAGCGGGGCGACCAUCAAAGCUCCCUACCAGCUGGGGUCAGACUCUAUUAAAUUCGUUGAGCCAGACGCCUGGCCUGAAAAUGAAACUAUCGAGCUGAAGCAUACCAUCAAGGUAUUCAAUGAAGCUGAGACACCGGAAUUCCUGCGUACUACUCUGGCCCACGAUCUUGGUGAUGGCCAUCUAUCCGUCACUGUCCAGCAGGCAAUGUCUAAGCGCGGCCUUGACCUUACCAAGCCAUUCCGUGCUCUCUACAUCGGUGCUCCCGAUUUCAAGCAUAUCAUCCUUGAUAAAAUGGGGGAUGUACUCGUUGCGGGCUCCGAUGACGACUUCAAUCAUGUAGUCUCAGGAGACUCCUCUCGUUUCCAUGUCGUCCCCGCGUCCUUCGGCACUGGUGCUAGUCCCAACUACGCUGAACUUCUCCCAAUCCAUGUUCAACUCAUUGUCGACGAAUGCGUUUCGGCUAUGGCACAGGGGGAGGGCGACAAACCAAGCACUAUUACUAUUACACUAAAGAAUCGAAAUCCGUGCAGUUCAGCCUGGACUGGCUCGGACUACGAAAUACAGUCCGCUACUCCUUGGGAUCCCCCAGACCUGGCUAUUUUCUUUAUAGCCCAGGAUGACAGUCCUAUAAACCGCAAGACUCUUUCUCUGUGUCAUACCUUCAUGAAGCGGCAUGGAGUGCCAUCCAUAGUCAUCUCCGAGAAUCCUAUGUGGACUAAGCAGAAUCCGAUAGUUCCGCUGGACUAUCAAAGUUUACAUGUCUGUCUGGAGUCCCGCCAAAAAGACACAGGCGAAUCACAAGUACUGGGGAGGUUUCCAAUUGAUCUGAAAACCUUUGAGAGUAUUGCCCCUGGACAGUUAAAUAGGAAUCUUGCAUCCCUUUCGGGACAUCAUUCUUCAAAAGCUAUUACCAAAUUGCGUGAAACUCCAGAAAAGGAUACUACAACACCUAUUCACGUCCGAGGUUGGGAAAGCUUGGUGUGUAUCAAGUGGUUACCGGAUGGCUCCUCUGAACUCUUUCUAUUUGGAACACCGUACACUCCCGAAGACCUUGCGCGCGUGUAUUUUACAGCUAUCACCUCUUUUCUUGGUCUCCUGAUGCUAGUGAUUAUUUGUGGCCCUCUGCACUCCUUUAUUUUCGUUGACCUCCCCACUCGAUUUCCCUCCCUACCUAUAUCCCCUCUCGUCGGUGAAUCUGUCACGACAACAGCUCAUCUACCUCCUAGAACAACGACAGGCAGUACCGUGGAAACCACAUCGCUCAUGCCUCUCUCCGUAAGCGACCUGAUCUUGCCUGACUGUACUGGGAAAGAUUCGUUCGACGUAGAUACCUAUAUCUCGAAGCUUACCCGCCGCACUGAGAAACAAGGGGGUGAACCGGAUAAAUUCCAAGUGCAUGUUAUUGGUGAUUGCCAUGUUAUUAUAAGACUUCCACCACGCCUAGCCUCACGGCGUAAAUCUCCAAAGUUUGAUGUAACGGUAACCAGGACCAAUCAACAGAUUCCGUUUGACCGGGCCCGCCUGUUUGACGGAGUAUAUACUCUACGACUGCCCAGGGAAGACGCAUAUGGACCUAUGAACAUUUCUAUCACCACGAAAUCGAAACCCAUCAUCGAACAGGUUACGGAGGUCGAUUUUGGAAUGCCUUGGCUGAAGAUCGCAAACUGGAAAAAGGCCGCCCAGAAACUCUCUGCUCAACUCAAAAGGGAUCUCAACAUCGCCUCUGCAGGGCUGACUGUUGUAUAUAACCGGAUGUCUGCAGAUUUGCUUGAAAGGAGCGAUGCUCUACGAGGGGAAACGGAAUCAGUAGGUCGGGCCUCGUUGCAAAGGGCACUGGAAGCCACGAACGUGAUACUAGCCAAGUCAAAACAACUUUCCGACGAGGUCACGCGGCUCACACAGGAUGGGUUGAUGGCUUCUACAGCCUUACUCCGCCAGAAACUGUCCACUGUGAACACAGAUGUCGUGCAAUUCGUGAAUGAAAAGCGGUAUACGAUCGAAAAGGAGGCGAGGAGACUAUUCCAGUAUCCCGCAUCUGUGCAUGACUUCAACUUCGCUCGGCGCCUCACUGAUAACGCACAACGAGUGAAAAGGUCUCCGGGAAUGGCGGCGGCGCAGAAACACGCGACGCAUUUAUGGCAGCUGCUGCGAUCUGGGCCUAACAACGAACUGACGAACGCUGUACGUUGGCCUAAAUGCGAGACGGGGAGACGCCAGAAAGUUCGACGUGGGAAAUUACAUGUACAUGGGCGUACACAUGGGUCUUGGGGCUGUGGGCGCCGGUGAUAAAAAUACCCUUUUCGUCUGCUUUCAACUUCUUCCAUUCGCUGGUAUUUUCAUUCCAUAUCUGUCUCUUCUGUUUCUCCUUUCUCUUUUCUCUUUCUGUCAUUUUUGUCAGGUAAAUGGUGAGGUUUCAGCGACUUCUUUUAUGCACAGAUUUAAUAAGGACUGGUUGGUUUUUCUGGGGAGGAAUUGGGGGCCUGGAGUUUGGGUUGGGUUCGGUUCGCUCCCAUUUAAUAUUUUAUGCUUUUUGAUCUUAUUCCCCACUCCCAUUCAAGCAGGCCUGCGGGAUAACAACGAGGGAAAUGGAUGUUGAUGGGCAUUGUACUUUUCUUUUCCGAAGGCUCACGGAGGAUGGAGGUAGGAAGCAAUAUCUGAGUCCCUGUGUCCAAGCUUUGGGUCCCUGAGUGAGAGAAUAGGGCAAGGUUCAAUGGUCAUUUUAACGGACGGCGUUGGCAGUGGUUUGUAUUCCCUGGUACCUCUUUUUUCUUCUUUCUUUUCAAUCAUUGACACCCGCAUUCAGCUGGCUGGGAGAUGGCGUGGGAAGGACAAACGAACAGUAUGACGGUCGAUGAAUAUGACGAUGUUGACGAUGUGGCGCAGGGUUUGGGAGGGGAGCUAUUUUCUUCUCCUUUUCUUCUUGCUUUUUUUUUUUUUU